GUAAAGAAGAAAAGCAGAAAGUGAAAAGGCCAAAUAAUCACAUUACAGCAAAGAACAUGUACAUGUAAUGUAAGGUCUGAAGGCAGAAACACAGCUUCAGUUUGCUUAAGAAUAAGAAAAACCAAAAACCCUCUUUUUCCUGAUAGAGUCAUGGGAGUGGGAUUCUCAAAGGUGUUAACACACACAACGGACGAUGAAAUUCCAAUUUCUUCGACAGAUUCUGCUCCUCAACUCACCUACAAACAACCUCGGAAAAACCUCCUUUUUCCACGUCCGCUUCUUCCUCCUGCCAUGCCAACCCAAUGUUCUUCACAAACAGAACCCGUUCUCGGGAAGCCUUACGUUAAAAUAAAGCACAUGUACGAGAUGAAGAAAGAGCUGGGAAGAGGCAAGUUUGGCGUGACUUAUCUGUGCGUAGAGAAAGCCACAGGAAUUGCCUAUGCAUGCAAAUCCAUCGCAAAGAAGGGUCCACAAGAAGUUGAGAAUGUUAGAAGAGAGGUUAUGAUUCUGCAGCAUCUUUCAGGGCAACAUAACAUAGUGGAGUUCAAGGAAGCUUAUGAGGACAGGGAGAAGGUGCAUCUGGUGAUGGAGUUGUGCAGUGGAGGUGAACUCUUUCACCGUGUUGUUACAAAGGGAAGACACUCGGAGCGUGAAGCAGCCACAGUGAUGAGACAGAUUGUGAAGGUGGUCCACGUGUGCCAUUUCAUGGGUGUGAUGCAUCGAGACCUCAAGCCAGAGAAUUUCUUGUUCGCGACCAAGGACGAGGAUGCCCCUUUGAAACUCACGGAUUUUGGAUCCUCUGUCUUCUUUCACACUGGUGAGGUGUAUAAAGAUAUUGUUGGAAAUGCAUAUUACGUGGCUCCAGAGGUUUUGAAACGGAAUUACGGAAAGGAGAUAGAUGUUUGGAAUGCAGGAGUCAUUUUAUACAUUCUCUUAAGUGGGGUGCCUCCAUUUUGGGCUGAAACCGAGAAAGGCGUGUUUGUUGAAGUUUUGGGUGGUAAGUUAGAUAUGGAUAGCGAGCCAUGGCCUUCUACAUCAGAUGCUGCAAAAGAUUUGAUCAGAAAAAUGCUUACUUAUGACCCUAAGGAACGGAUCACAGCUGCUGAGGCCCUUGAACAUCCAUGGUUGAAAGAAGGUGGUGAAGCAUCAGAAAAGCAUGAAGACAAUGCUGUUUUAAAUAGGAUGGAACAAUUCAAAGCAAUGAACCAGAUGAAGAAGCUUGCCAUGAAGGUAAUAGCAGAAAAUCUUUCAGAGGAAGAAACAAAGGGCCUGAGACAAAUGUUCAACAAUAUGGAUACUGAUAACAGUGGCACUAUCACAUUUGAAGAACUCAAAUCUGGAUUAUCCCGAUUGGGUUCCCUGCCUAGUGAAUCUGAAAUAAGGCAGCUAUUGAAUGCUAUUGGUGAUGGCAAAAGUGGAACAAUUAACUACUGUCAAUUCAUUGCUGCAACCAUGGAUCCACACAAACUGGAGAAGGGGGGGAAUUUGUUCAAGGCUUUUCAAUACUUUGACAAGGAUGACAAGGGUUAUAUAACAGGUGAUGAACUUAGGGAAGCUAUCACAGAACACCAAAUGGGAGAUGAAGCUGCGAUAGAUGGAGUAUUUGAGGAUGUAGAUUCUGACAAAGAUGGGAAAAUUAGCUAUGAGGAAUUUAUGAGCAUGAUGAGAAACAAAUGCUGAAUAAUAACUAUGACAAACUAAAGUUCAGCUAAUCGCUAACAAUAUUCUGUUACGUCUUGUACUAGUUUCCCUGCUGCACCAGAUAGAAUCACUUGUGAAACGCAAAACCUUGUAUGGCUUUUCUUCUAAAAGGCG